CGCGUUUCUAUAUUUCCAUUUUCCACCACUGUAGGGAGCUCGUAACUCCGAGUCACAGCACCGGCCUCCGAAGCAGACUGGGCUUCUUCCGGCGCUGCCUCGUGCGAACGACUACUCCUUCCGCCUGCCACCCCACAAUGUUCACUCUGAUGGCGCCAUGGCCACUACAUCGAGGCGCGUCGUGUUCUUGGCGGGAGCUCCAGAAGCGGCAUGCCUGGCCUGGGACGCGCAGAGCUGCGCAGCCAGUUUGACUCCUCGAUUCCAGCGAUACCUCGGAGUCGCGGAUCGGGACAAUGAAGCCUUCCUCCAUGCUCAGACCCAGGCGACGGCACUCGCCAAGUGGAGGCAUGUGCCGCUGAAAGGCGAGGCCAAACGGGCUGCAGAGGCCACGACUACUGAAGCACCGCAGUUCCUAUCCUUCGAAGAUGAGGGCGAGGACCAGCCCAGCCAAGAGUACAUGAGAUUCUUGGAGCAUUCUCUGGCAGUGCUACAGAAUCUCGACUCUUCACAGGUUGCAGCUCCCGACCAAACGACUUACAACGAGACCACCUUCGUGAGCUCGUUUUCCACGAAUGCUUCCGAACAGCCUUCGCAACACAUUGUCAACUUCACUGGUCCAAUCACAGACCUGCGAACGAUUCCUACCGCCCGUUACCUCGAGUCUAUACACCCGCAGACCAUGACGAUCAACUGUCUCGUGAGUGUCAUCUCCAUACAGCCGACACGCACAGUUAAGCUUCGCAAGCGAAGUGGAGAAAUGGACAUUGUGGAGGUUCUGGUUGGAGACGACACCAGAGCGGGCUUCAAUGUCAGCUUCUGGUUACCUCCUGCAGACAGCCAGCAUUCCACACGAGAUGUUCUCAAUCAGCUCAGACCCGCCGAUGCAUUGCUGGUUACCCACAUCGCUCUCGGCGAAUUCAAAGGCACUGUCUACGGCCAGAGUCUGAGCAAACGCAUCACA